AUCUCCUGUUCUAAGAGGCAAACCAUGUCUGGAACAAUGAAAGAAUCUGUUUUCAAGGGAGUGGAUCUCCACCCACAGACCAACAACGUUAACCACCGCACCAGAGAAAUCUCCCUGACUCAGCUGAUAGUGAGGCGGGGCCAGGCCUUCAAACUGACCCUUAAUCUGAGGCAACCUUUCAACCCUUCUGUUCAGCCGCUCUGCAUCUCUGCAGCGACAGGCAAACUUCCAACUGAGAAACAGGGGACGUUAUCAUUCUUCGGUGUCCCAGAUGUUGUCAAACAUUCACCGUCAGCAAAGGCGGUGUGGAAGGUAGAGCUUGACAAGGGUUCCUCCACAACAACAGGCAACCUGAUCCUCACCGUCACCCCCCCGGCUGACACCCCCAUAGGGGAGUACACCAUGACUGUGAAGCACAGAGAUCAGGAAAUGGUUCUGGCAAAGCCUGUGGUGCUCUUCAACCCCUGGUGUCCCGAUGACUGGGUGUAUCUGAAGGAUGAAAAUGAGAUAAACGAGUAUGUGAUGAAUGAACAAGGAAUUAUCUACAGAGGUAGUAGCAACUACAUCGGCUACUGUAACUGGGACUUUGGACAGUUUGAAGACGACAUGGUGGACAUUUGUUUGAGGAUGUUGGACCUCAACCCCAAGUACAUGAAAGAUCCCGGUGACGAUGUCUCUGCUCGCUGUAACCCCAUCUAUGUCAGCCGCGUGGUCAGCGCCAUGGUCAACACUAAUGAUGAUCGUGGUGUCCUGGAGGGAAACUGGUCAGAUUCAUAUGCGAAUGGGGUCUCACCCACUCACUGGACCGGCAGUUACGCCAUCCUUAAGCGCUGGUUUGUCUCCGGCUCCCGGCCGGUCAAGUACGGGCAGUGCUGGGUGUACGCCGGUGUGAUGUGUUCAGCAUCGGCGUGUACCACGCCCGACUACGGAGUCAGAGAGACACCAUCCCCAGACAGCAUUUGGAACUUUCACGUGUGGGUGGAGGCAUGGAUGAGGCGGCCAGACCUGGCAAAAGACGGCAAAUAUGACGGCUGGCAAGUUCUGGAUCCAACACCACAGGAGAAGAGCCAAGGUGUUUACUGCUGCGGUCCAGCCCCCGUCGUAGCCAUCCUGAACGGAGAAACAGACCUCAAAUAUGACACCCCAUUUGUCUUCGCUGAGGUCAAUGCCGACUGCAUCGACUGGCUGGUCAAAGCUGACGGUUCAAAAGUGAAUAUCUUCUCUGACACGGCGAGAGUCGGUCAGAAUAUCUCUACCAAGUCUGUCGGCUCCAAUAAGAGGAUGGACAUCACCGACAGCUACAAAUACAGAGAGGGAACAGAGAAGGAGAGGUCUGUCUUUCACUACGCCACCACCAGAGACCUCUCCAAGGCUGAUGCGAUUGAAGAGGAGGGGAGAGGAAGUACGGAUGUAGUAACCCCAGGCAUCCCCCCUCAACCUCCGUCACAGCCAAUGUCCAUGUAUUUUGAAGAGGUGACCCCACCAAAGAACUGUGAGGAUGUGAGAUUGAUGCUGGUGCUGCAGAGUAAGAGCAGUGCUGCCAUGCGACUGUUCAUCAGCAUCAGGGUCCAAGCCAUGAGGUACAACGGCUCACCAGCUGGGACCAUCCAGACCGAGGUCAAGGAGGAGACACUGCUGCCUGGGAAAGAGCUCUCUGUCCCUAUCCAGGUCCCGUUCUCGGCCUACUAUAAACCCAUGAUGGAGUGUGACAUCAUGAAGGUUUCAGCCUUGGUCACGGGCAAAGAGAAGCCAGAUAACACAUACCUGGCUGUGCAUGACGUCGUGCUGCUUGAUCCUCCUAUUACCAUCACGGUUUCUGGUAUAACCAGACUGAACAGAGAGGCAGAAGGGGAAGUGGUUUUCAUGAACCCGGUCACCGAGACGCUGAAGGAGUGUACUCUGACUAUCUCUAGAAGUGGCCUGUUGAAAGAGGACAUUGAAGUCAAGAUUCCAGAUUUGAAGAAAAACAACCGAAUAUGUGUCAAGUUCCCCUUUGUUCCCUACAAGCCCGGUAGGAAGACUCUCGUGGCCAACUUUGACUGUUCCACCCUCAGAGACAUCAAGGGCAGCGGCACUGUCGAUGUAAAGCUGUAACUUCUCUGUAUCACUGAG